CAUGGUGAAGACAUAAAUUUCUUAGCUGGGGCUCAGCAGAGAAACUGAAGGAAAAAAAGAUGUCACCAGUACAGCUAUGUGAAGAUCAAUCAGCAAACUUUAGAAAUUUCCACUUGACAUUGAGCUAACAAUGAAAGAAGGAGCAGAAAAAGGAGAAGGAAGAAGAACUCCACUGUCCACUCAAGGAUAUGAAUAGCAUUUUAGAUCAGUGAAUAACCAGCAGCGAUAUUAGACUUUGAACUUUCUCUGUUCUGACAUGGAAAGUGCCCUGCUGAGUAUCCUCACUCUUGUAAUAAUUGCAGAAUUCGUAAUUGGGAAUUUGAGCAAUGGAUUUAUAGUACUGAUAAACUGCAUUGACUGGGUCAGUAAAAGACAGCUGUCCUCAGUUGAUAAAAUCCUCACAUUCUUGGCAAUCUCCAGAAUUGGGCUGAUCUGGGAACUAUUAGUAAGUUGGUUUUUAGGUCUGCAUUAUCUAGCCAUAUUUGUGUCUGGAACAGGGUUAAGAAUUAUGAUUUUUAGCUGGGUAGUUUCUAAUCACUUCAGUCUCUGGCUUGCUACAAUCCUCAGCAUCUUUUAUUUGCUCAAAAUAGCAAGUUUCUCUAGCCCUGCUUUUCUCUAUUUGAAGUGGAGAGUAAACCAAGUGAUUCUGAUGAUACUGCUGGGAACCUUGGUCUUCUUAUUUUUAAAUCUGAUACAAAUAAACAUACAUAUUAAAGACUGGCUGGACCGAUGUGAAAGAAACACAAUUUGGAAUUUCAGUAUGAGUGGCCUUCCAACAUUUUCAGUGCCGGUCAAAUUCACCAUGACUAUGUUCAGUCUAGCACCAUUUACUGUGGCCCUCAUCUCUUUUCUCCUGUUAAUUUUCUCCUUGCGGAAACAUCUCCAGAAAAUGCAGCUCAAUUACAAAGGACACAGAGAACCCAGGACCAAGGCCCACAUAAAUGCGUUGAAAAUUGUGAUCUCAUUCCUUUUACUCUAUGCCAGUUUCUUUGUAUGUAUUCUCAUAUCAUGGAUUUCUGAGCUGUAUCAGAAUACACUGAUCCACAUGUUUUGUCAGACGAUUGGAGUCUUCUAUCCUUCAAGCCACUCCUUUCUUCUGAUUCUAGGAAACCCUAAGUUAAGACAGGCCUCUCUUUUGGUGGCAGCUAAGGUAUGGGCUAAACGUUGAGAAACUCACAAUUUCAUAAGCCAUUCAGACCACAGAUUAUUGAAUAUUGUAGACAGAAACAGGAGUCUAUGAGGAGUUUAAAAAUAUUUUAUACUUUCCCUAGUUUCUUCUAUUGUGAAGGUGGUCACUACAAUUUUUUAAAAUUCUUCUCUAUAAUAGCAUCUUACCUAAGAAUAUUGUGUAUUUAUGACAUAUAUUUCUACAUUAUUAGGAAUUUGAAACUUAUUUGAGGAAAUCAUUGGUAGAUUCUACUGUAAAUUAAAAACAUAUACUACAGCAUACUUAGAUGUUAAUUGUAAAUCUAUAGUCUUUUGUCUGGCAAUGGCUCUUCAAUUCUAAAUCACUCAUUGGGAUGGGUGAUUUAGGUAAUUAUUUUAUUAUAUCAUGUACUCCUAUUUAAAUGGUGAAUUACAGAUAACUAGAACAGUUAUUUGGAAUAGAAUUAAGGGAAGUUUGGA